UGGAGGCGCUGGGCGCUCGGCUGGCCGCGCCUGGCGCGUGCGGCCGGCGGGCGCCAUGCGGGCGGCGCGGCGGUGCGGCGUGUGCGGGGCAGCGGGCGGCGCGGCCAAGUACCGCUGCCCGCGGUGCGCCGCCGCCUACUGCUCGGUGCCGUGCUGCAGGACCCACAGGGAGCGGUGCGCGCCGGAGCGGGACCGGGACCGGGAGGCGGCGGCGGAGCCCCCGCGCUGCGGCAGCUCUGCUGCCCCCCCGCCCUCAGGCAGCCCCUGGUCGGUGGCGGACAUCCUGACGGAAGACGACGAGCAGGACCGAGUCCCGCUGCAGAAACUCAAGCUUUUAGGGGAAUCAGAAGAACUGAGAGGCUUGCUCCUGAAUCCGCAUCUCAGGCAACUACUACUAACGAUAGAUCAAGCAGAAGAAAAAAACUCCCUGAUGAAAAAGUACAUGCAGGAGCCAUUAUUUGUUGAGUUUGCAGACUGCUGUUUGAGAAUUGUUGAACCCCCAGAGAAGGAGAACAUUCUUCCUGAGUGAGCUACUUUGGGAACAUUUUUCUUUCCUUGAAAUUUUUAUUGUCUGACAGAAGAGAUCCUGCAGCACCACGAGCUACUGCGGUACAUCAUUCUAUGUUUCCUCUAGCUUUGGUCACAUUUUGCUUAUGGACCUCUGUGCUCUAAUUUUCACUUUACUGUUGAUAAGCAAUGACAUAGGCAGUCAAAGACAGUGCGGAAAGGAGAGAUUUCUGAACACUAGGAAUUAAAUUUGAUAUCCUGUGGACUUGGUUUCUGUUGGUACAAAAAUCUUGUCAAACAUGGGAAAUGCUCCUUCCCAAUAAAAAAAUUAUUAAAUA